GUCGGUCACAUUGGUGAGGUCGGUCACAUUGAGGAGGUCGGUCACAGCGAGGAGGCUGGUCGCAGUGAGGAGGCUGGCCACAGUGCCGCCAUGAGAGCAGGUCCGUCGGUCACGGUGAGGGGGUCGGUCAUGGUGAGGAGGUCGGCCUCGGUGGGGAGGUCGGCCACAGUGAGGAGGCUGGUCACAGUAAGGAGGUCGGUGACAGUGGGGAGGUCAGUCACAGUGAGGACGUCGGUCACAGUGAGGAGGUCGGUCACAGUGAGGAGGUCGGUCACAGUGAGGGGCUCGGCCUUAGUGCAACCAUGAGAGAGGAGAGGACCGGGGGCCUUGGGUGGUAUGGUUUCGGUGAUGGGCUUUGGACUGGGGUCGUGCCGUCUGUAGUCGGUGAGGGCUUUCCCUUCUGUCUUUCUGAGUGCUUA